AUGCUGGAAGAUGUGAUUUUCUAUCUGGACCUUGCCGGGAUGAUGCGUCGCUGUUUCAUAAUCCACGGCAGCAAAUAUUGGUCUUUCUCGUACACUGGUACCGACAUGAAGAAAGCACUCCAGGGCCUGCAAAAGUCCCUGGUUGAGGACGGCUCAUAUUGGGAGCCAGCCUUGACAGGGGAAUGCGAAGAUGGCGAUCCAUCUAACGAGAUCACAGUCGUGAACAUCGAUGAUUCCUCGGAUGAUGACCGCGAAGAGGAUUCCUCAGAAGUUGACGGUGAAGAUGAGAGUCCUGAAAGCAGGAACGAAAGCAGGAACGAAAGCAGGAACGAAAGCUCUGCCGGCUCCUCGACCCAGGAGCAAUGA